AUGGAAGAAUACCUUGAGAGAGCGUACAAGCUCAUGGCCAAGACCCCCCUCAUUGACGGUCAUAACGAUUUUCCUUUCAUCCUUAGAGGGUUUUGUCAGAACAAACUGGAGCAAGAGGGCUUUGAUCCGGAUCAUUUGCCCAUCGGACAGACUGACUUUAUCCGGCUAAGAGAGGGUCAUGUGGGUGGUCAAUUCUGGAGUGCUUUUAUUCCCUGUGCAAAACCCGAAGACAAUGCUACGGGAAGCGACCUCGUGGUCACCCAGACCCUCCAGCAGAUCGACCUCAUCCAUUCCCUAAUCGAGAAGUAUCCACGCGUCCUCGGCCUAGCCCGCUCGGCCGAUGAAGUAUGGCAGGUGUUCCGAUCCGGUCGACUAGCUAGCCUGAUAGGGGUUGAGGGUCUACAUCAGAUCGCUGGCAGCGUGAGCGUGUUGAGAAUGUAUCAUCGGCUAGGAGUACGAUACAUCACAUUGACCCACAACUGCGACAAUCGAUACGCCACUUCGAGUUCCUCCGCCUCGCAGACGGGCUUGUCAGACGAUGGGAAACGCAUCAUCCAAGAAAUGAAUCGGAUUGGGAUGAUGGUGGACUUAUCUCAUACCAAUGAUGUCACACAACGCGACGUUCUCCAGAUAUCCAAGGCACCCGUCAUUUUCUCGCAUUCCUCCUGUGUGGGAGUGACACCGCACCACCGAAAUGUCUCAGAUGAAGUUCUCGGCCUCCUUCAGCAGAACGGUGGGGUGAUCAUGGUGUGCUUCCUGCCUCAACUCGUCGCCCCGGCACCAGUUGCAGGAGAAGAAAAGCAAAUUGCAACGGUCUCCCAUGUCGCGGAUCAUAUCCUCUACGUGGGCAAACGGAUCGGAUUAGCUCAUGUGGGAAUUGGGUCCGACUUUGACGGCAUGCUCCACGGGCCCCAGGAUCUCGACGACGUAUCGCAGUAUCCGAAUCUCGUUGCCGAACUACUCCGCAGAGGGGUAAGCGACGAUCAAAUUCAAAAUAUUUUGGGACUCAAUGUCCUUCGAGUUCUGCAGGGGGUCGAGGAUACUGCCCGACAGAUCCGCCUGUGCGAGAGUAUCACAGUGCAGUGUGAUGAAAUUGCCGCGAUAUGGACGCCAGAACAGGAGUCGUGGAUACGACAGGCGGGAGAGAGCCGG